UUUUAAGUAUUGAGGGGUUUCGAUGCUUUUCAUGUUUACCUCCCUACGGACGUCUAUUGUCAAGCCAUAGAAUUAAUAUAUUGAUUCUCUAUAUUCAGCCUUCUCCUGAAUUGUCUCGCUCCUCAAGUAAAUAUCACCGCAAUGGAUCCUUAUGACAGCGACUCCUCGGGUUAUGAAGAUGAGGACUUCACUGAAACUGGCGUGCUUUUGGGAUAUCCCUCAGAGGAGAUUCUAGAUGACACAAUCAGUCACAUUGGAGGUUGGCCAACAUGGCUGGAUGAUUCUACCCCGCCUCCAGGUGAAUUCGCGAACUGCAAAGUUUGCAAUAGCCCUAUGGCCCUUCUCCUCGAACUGCACGGCGACCUCCCCGAACACUUCUCUGAUGACGAGCGACGACUGUACAUCUUCGCCUGUCCCAGAAAACCAUGCAAUCGCAAGCCAGGCAGUAUCCGAGCGUUGCGCUCUACACGGAGGCUGAAGAGCCAGCCGGCGCCGCCUAAGGAGGAAAAGAAAGGAUCAGAGCAGGAAGAAAAGAAACAGACUGAGACCCCCAAGCCGGACCUUGGGGCGAGUCUUUUCGGAGCGACAUCUCUCACGGGGAGCGUCUCUGCGAACCAGAAUCCCUUCUCAACUGCCACUACGUCCUCCGCGCAAUCUAGCAACCCGUUCGCCGCCCCUCUCGCCGCACCCCAACCGGCCAAGCCAGCCCCCUCAUCGAUCCCAUCGGCAAAUGCUCUCUCUGAGAGUUUUGCUGACAAAGUUCGAGUCUCCUCCCCUCCCCCGACUAUCAAAGCCCCCGAGGCUGCCGGACCCGCUGCCCCUUGGCCAACGCGGUCCGAAUUCCCUUCCCCAUACAAACAUUACUAUUUAGAUGCGGAGUAUGAAACGCUGUCUCGUCCGCCUACCCCGAAAAUUCCCGAUAAUGUCACCAUCGAUAACAUCGAAGACGAUGCCAAUGGUGGCGGGGCCGUGGAGAUGAAGGAUGCCCUAGAAUCCCAGCUGGACAAAGCCUUCAUGAAAUUCUCCACUCGCCUCGGACAUAACCCUGAACAGAUCUUGCGAUAUGAUUUCCGCGGCUCUCCCCUCCUCUAUUCUCACACCGAUCCCGUUGGAAAGCUUCUUUUCGACCCCCAAACCCCGUCUUUGAGCACCAAGGUGACUACUACCGGUGGCUCUAGCCGCAUGCCUCGCUGCGAAUACUGUGGUAGCGGACGAGUGUUUGAACUGCAGCUUGUGCCUUAUGCCAUUGCAGUGCUGGAAGACGGCCGGGAAGGUGUUGGACUGGGUCCUAAUGAUGGCGGUAUGGAAUGGGGAACCAUCAUUCUCGGUGUGUGCAGCAAGGACUGCGCCCCCGAGAAAGUUGGGGUAGUGGGUUGGCGCGAGGAGUGGGCGGCGGUGCAGUGGGAGGAAUCAAAAUAAACGUACAGGCUCAUGACUGACGCUCUAUAAUGC